CUCUCUCUCAUUCCACCCACCCACCCAUCCCUCCAUCCAACCAUUCCUCCACACCACUUUUCCUGGGUGGAAUUCUUGGGGCUGCGCAUAUCCCCCUUUGGAUUCCCUACUGUUUCUGUCCCCGGCUUGAAGGAGAGGACAGGGGAGAGAGGGAGAAAGCGAGAGCAGAGAGGAUUUAGUGCUGAGGAGAGAGAGAGGGAUCAUGUCUGGACUCUCAGCUGUGUUGAAGAGCUGGGUCAUCCUGCAGACUCUUUGCCUGGCUCUGGCCCAAGUGAGCGGGCCUCCAGGACCUCAAGGCAUUCCCGGCCCGCCUGGCCCCUCUGGCACCCCCGGGUCCGAUGGCAUUGAUGGGUUAAAAGGACUUCCUGGUCCUCCUGGCCCACCAGGAUUGAAGGGGGACCCAGGUCAGCCUGGUCCAGACGGACCUCCAGGAGAGAACGGCAUCGACGGUUUGAUGGGAGCAAAAGGAGAUCGCGGUCCUAUCGGGAACCCUGGACCUAAAGGCCGGCCUGGACCUGGUGGUGAACCUGGACUCACUGGACCCGGACUGCCUGGACUGGCUGGAGCCCCAGGCCCAAUCGGCCUUCCCGGUGAGAUUGGACAGACUGGACCUACGGGCAUAUUGGGAGCACCUGGACCUCCAGGAAUUCCAGGACCCCCAGGAAAACCAGGUCCUCCAGGGAAGUUCUUGGGAGGAGAGGAGGGCAGUGCAGACUUCCAGUGUCCAAUCAACUGCCCAGCAGGGCCUAAGGGUCCCCAGGGACUGCAGGGGGUCAAGGGACACAAAGGUCGUGCUGGUGUGCUGGGAAAGCCUGGUAGCAUUGGGAAACUGGGUACGAAGGGAGAGGUCGGCAUCUCUGGUGAGCAGGGAAUCCCAGGACCCCCGGGUCCUAUGGGAUUGAGGGGUUACCCAGGAAUGAUGGGCCCCAAGGGAGAGACGGGCCCUCGUGGUUACAAGGGCAUCAAUGGACCAGUUGGCCAACCUGGACCCCCAGGUGAGGAGGGACCCCAGGGCCCACCUGGAGAGGCUGGGGAGAAAGGAGAUUUGGGUGGCCGAGGUAUCAAGGGCCCACAGGGAGCCGUUGGCAAGAAGGGAGAGAACGGUCUGCCUGGUAUCGACGGAAAGGAUGGCACUCCUGGCAUCCCUGGAAUCAAGGGUGCCCCAGGGCAGGCUGGGAGGCCUGGUGGUCCCGGUCAUCAGGGAACAGCAGGUUUGCCUGGCAGCCCAGGAACCAAGGGUGGACCUGGAGGCAAGGGAGAGCCUGGUCCCAGAGGCCAUGUUGGAAUGUCUGGUGCCCCAGGACCUCAGGGUGAACCUGGUCUUCCUGGUGAUGCUGGAAUGGAGGGUGUUCCUGGACCUAAGGGCGACAGAGGCCAAAGGGGAGCUGUAGGGCCACAGGGUAUUGUCGGCAAGGCUGGCAACAAGGGUGUAAGAGGGCCUAUGGGCGUUCCAGGGGCUCAAGGCAUCUCAGGAACCAAGGGAGACAAGGGAUUCCAAGGAAAAGUUGGGGCGAAGGGAGACUUUGGUGAUCCUGGUGUAGAAGGCUUGGCUGGGGAGAAAGGAGAGAAGGGUUUGGGUGGUGAGCCUGGACCCAAAGGACAGCAAGGAGUGAGGGGAGAGACAGGGUUCAAUGGACCCACAGGAGACUCAGGCAAACCAGGAGACCAGGGACCAGGAGGACUGCCCGGGCCUCGCGGCCUCAAUGGGGAGAGAGGAGUACCAGGCAUGCCAGGCAUUGUGGGGGCAGCAGGACGGGAUGCGUCUGACCAGCACAUCAUUGAGGUGGUUCUGAAGAUGCUGCAAGAGCGUCUGGCAGCUGUAGCGGUGAGCGCUAAGCGUGCCGUACUGGGUGGAGCUGGUGUCAUGGGUCCCCCUGGUCCUCCCGGACCCCCAGGUGCUCCCGGUGCUCAGGGCCCACACGGCCUCACCGGUGCCCGUGGCAUCCCCGGCAUGUUUGGUGCCUCCGGACAGAUUGGCAACACCGGACUGAAAGGAAAGAGAGGAGUGAAGGGAGACAGAGGAGAUCCUGGUAAACCACAUGCUGGCCAGCCAGGACCCCCGGGAAUACCAGGUCCCCCUGGUAUUGACGGCGUGGCUCGAAAUGGUAAGCCUGGUGAGCGAGGCACCCAGGGCUCGGCAGGAAAGGCCGGUCGUCCUGGUAAGGCGGGCCCCACUGGUCUUCCAGGGUUCUGUGAGGCUGCAGCCUGCCUAGCUGCCUCAGCCUACACCUCCCCCAGACUACAGGACUCCGCCAGGGUCAAGGGCCCCGGAGUCUAAAUCCAGCUCUCCAUAAAAAGCCCCACAACACCAG